AUGCCUGGCGAUAUUGAAACCGGACCUUCCGAGCCUAGCCCUGCAGCUACUGCGCGAGGGCACCGAGGGGAAGAAAUAAUUCCCGAGGGUAGCAAUUCAGAAGGGCACCCGGAGAAUGAAAAAGAAGAAAUUCCCAGAACAAGGGAUGGGAACUCGGUGUCCAUAUACAAAGUUCCUGCCAGCCUCGCUGAAAUCAGUCGGAAAGCCACUGAGCCUGAAAUGGUCUUCGUUGGGCCAUGGCACUGCGACAAGAGAAGCCAAUCGGAAUUUGAGAGCACCAAGCAUUUGUAUCUAGCUGCCUUACUUGAUCGAACAAAGCGUAACAAAAAAGACUACUUGGAAGCCAUGAGAGCUAUCGAUGAAAGCACAAGAAGUUGCUACUCCAAAGAUCAUCGUUGUAAGUUCUUCUCCGAGUUGAAGGGAGAUGAAUUUGUUGAAAUGAUGGUGCUUGAUGGGUGCUUUAUCAUUGAGCUUUUUCAUCGUAUGAAUACGGAAGAUCCCAUGGAGAAAAACGAUCCCAUCUUAAGCAGGCCAUGGUUGAUUCCAAUUGUCACUAGGGACCUCCUCAAGCUUGAAAAUCAAAUCCCUUUCUCCGUCCUCCAAAAAUUACACUUUGUCUCCACGAAUCAACUUCAAGAGAAAGCAAAGGGCUAUUCUCUAGUCCUUCUUGCGCUGAAUUUGUUCAAUAAUUUGUUGCAUCGACCUAUUGACGUGCUUAAAAAGUCACAACCGUCAGAGGACCCCAAGCACUUACUUGACUUGGUUUACUCGAGCUUCUGUCCCCAAAAACAAAGUACAAAUCCAAAUGAUCCAUCGACCAAUAAAACCAAAAAACAAAAAAAUCCAAAUGACCCUUCUCCAAAGUACCGUCCAUCCUCCGAGUCAAUCCAGUGUACCGUACAACUAAGAUCCUCCGGGAUCAACUUCAAGCCACAAAGAGCGGACAGCUUCUUGAACAUCAAUUUCCAAGGUAGCAUAUGUAAGGUACUACAAAUCCCACCUAUAGCAAUUAACGACUUCACCACUACCCUCUUCAUCAACUGCAUGGCCUGGGAACAAUGCUACCAAAACAAUCCUACGUGGUUCACCACCUAUAUUGCUUUCAUGAGCAACCUCAUCACUUCACCUAGAGACGUCACACUCCUGUGUUCUGAUGGGAUCAUCACUAGUGGCUUCUUAUACAACGACCACAACGUAGCGGAGCUGUUCAAAAAGUUGGGGGAAAAGGCUGUCUUCAACAUAAGGGAAUGCUACCUCUCCAAGCAAUUCAGAGAUGUGGAGGCAUAUUACAGCAGCCAUUGGGCUACUUUCAUCCGAACUUAUUUUAGCAAGCCAUGGUCCUUCAUCUCAGUUCUCUACGCCAUCGUCCUUCUUUUUUUAACCGGGGGCCAAACUGCCAUGUCUAUCUUGAGCUACAUAAACGACCGUAGUAAGAAUUGCACGAAUGCAUGUGGGUAA